AUGGGAAAUCGUGUGAAAGGUCGUCCAAAGAAGUCGACUAUCAAGGCUAACAGCCAUUCCAAAAUGGGAUCCAAGAGAAAGCUAUCUCGCAUGGGAAAGAAGCAAAAGAAGAAUCAUGCUGGGUUGGAAGCAACUUUCAUCGGGCGUUCCAAGUGCUUGAAAAUGCUACAAGUCACAAUCAAGGACUUUAGACGUUUGUGCAUUCUCAAGGGAAUCUAUCCUCGGGAGCCACGCGGAAAAUUCCCUGGACACAAGAAGGGCCAAACAUUCUAUCACAUUAAGGAUAUUCGUGCCAUUGCCCAUGAGCCCGUUUUGGAGAAGUUCCGCGAAUUCAGGACUUUCACCAAGAAGGUGCGUCGUGCUGCUGGUAGAAACGAGCAAGAUGAGGCACUCCGAAAAAAUGCCAUGUGCCCAACCUACACUUUGCACCACUUGGUCCGUGAAAGAUACCCUCGUUUCAAUGAUGCGUUGUCGGAUAUUGAUGAUGCCUUGACUUUGACCUAUUUGUUCGCAGCUCUUCCAAGUACUUCCAACAUCAAGUCCAAGGUUGUCAACAAGGCCAAGUCAUUGGCGGCUGCCUGGGGUGCUUAUUGCUCCACUGCCGCUUGCAUUACCAAAUCAUUCAUUUCGGUUAAGGGAGUCUACUUCGAGGCGACGAUCCGAGGUGUUCCAGUUCGUUGGGUUGUCCCACAUUCUUUCACACAAUUCAUGCCAGAAGACGUGGACUAUCGUGUUAUGACCACCUUUUUCGAGUUUUAUGAAACACUUCUUCAUUUUGUGUUGUACAAAUUGUACACCGACAUUGAAGUUCGUUACCCACUUCCCGCUGAGGGCGGAGAGGUCAAGGGUAGCACCAGUUUUAUUCUAGGUGCCAACCUUCGUUCUCUUUCCAAUGCAUUGAAUUCCACUGGAAACAUCUCGAAUAUUGUGUCCGAGUCGGUUGAAGAUGGAGACAAAAAGAAAAAGAGUGGCAAGACUAAGGAAGAGAGAAAGAAGGAAAAGGAAUUGAUCAAAUCUGUCGGAGCUGCGUUGAACAGCAUCAACGAGGAUAGUGAUUCCGAAGAAGAAGAGGAUGAUGUCGAUGUAGCAGGGCCUCUUAAGGCUGCCUUGGAAAGCAUGGCGGACGAUGAAGCCCGAACGGUACUUCCAGGUGGAAAGUUGGAGCUUGAUGAUGAAUCCAUGAAGAGAAGACGCCUUUUCUCUGGAUUCAAGUUCUUUCUUUCUCGUGAAGUCCCAAGAGGAUACCUCGAGCUUGUCUGCCUUGCCUUUGGUGGAAUCGUUGGAUGGGAAGGCCCCAACAGUCCUAUUGCCGUCAAUGAUCCGUCUAUCACUCACCAUGUCGUGGAUCGACCAAAGCUUCCUGCCUCCUACAGCAACUUGCCAAAGUCCCGAGAAUUCAUUCAACCUCAAUGGAUCUUGGAUUGUGCCAAUAAUGUAUUUUUGCUUCCUGUUGCCAAGUACACGGUUGGAGUAACCUUGCCUCCUCAUCUUUCUCCAUGGGUGGACAAUGAGGAAGAAGGAUACAAACCAGCCUACGCCGAAGUGAUUGAACGUCUCAAGAAUGGGGAACCAGCUGUUGCUGAGAACGACGAUCAAAUGGAAACCGAUGAAGCAGCUGAUGAUUCUGAAGAGAUGGAAGACGCUGCCAAAGAAAAAGAUUCGGACACCGAAGAGGAAAGCGACGAUGACAGCGAAGAGGAGGACGAGGAAGACCCUGCAGCAAAGAAAAAACAAGACAAGAAGAAACUUGCUGCCAAGAAGGCAAAAACUGAGAAGAGAAGAAAACAGGAAGAGGAAGAAGCCCACGCUCUUGCCAAGACAAUGAUGAGUCGUAAGGCUUCCCACCUCUAUGGUCGUAUGCAACAUGGUAUUGGACAGCGCAAUGCCAAGGUUGAGAAUCUAAAGAGCAAGCGAAAGGCUAUUGAAGAGGAAAACCGAAGCAAGAAGAAGGAUACUUUGGGAAGAACUCCUCUGAAACAAAAGGUGGACCGCCUUCGAAAGGAGCGCAAGCGCUUGGAAGACGAAUAUUCCAACCCUACUGGUGUUUCCUCGAAGAAGAAGAGCAAGAAGAAGCGCUCGACUUAA